AUGGCGGGGAAUGUGAGCGAAAACGAAGGUUUGUCAGAGGUACCGUAAGAUAAAUUUGUGAAGAUCGGUGAACAUUUAUUCAUUGUGAUAUGAAGCCUAAAAGUGUGCAAGGAAAGUUUUUUUGAAACGUUUGUCACCACAGGGGGUAGAUCAACUUUAUUUUCAUUUUUUUUUUUCAAGAUUCAAUAUGGAGGAGCUGGAUAUGGGUCUGAGUUUGACGAACAAGAAACGUUUGAGAGGUAGUACAAAUAAUGAAAUACCUUGUGUUUACGAGUUGAAGAAAGCUCAAUAGCCGUCCUUUAUUGCUAAACCUCUAAAAUAUGUUAACUAGGACUUGUGUGCUGGGGAAGUACAGUAAUCAGUGGUAGUUCAAUUCUGGUAGUUAAUUCCAGAAAUGACUCAAAAAUUUUCAAGUUUGUGUGGAUUAUUCGAAUAAAAGGAUACAAACAUUUAAAUCUCUUUUUCUCAGAGAUGAGGGUCAUCCUCCCACCCACCCCCAUCCUUAUAUACUGGGGUAGAAAUAAUUAUUUUCCUACAACAUGCAACAUGGCCUUGAAACAGCAACAUACAAUGUACCGCAAGUGCAAUACCGAAGGAUUGAUGCACAGCAAUAAAUAUUGCAAAAAAAGCAAAACAAAAAAAAACAACAACGAACAAACAAGUAAAUAAAAAUGAAAUUCAAGGGCGGGUCAGCUUUUGUAUGACAUGUUUUUGUUAAUGUUGAGUCACUGUGUCACAGGAGGAAGACUUGGAGAGAUGAUGAACUGUCUGGCAUCAAGAGAAAGUCCAAUACAACUUCUGGUUUACCAAAUAAACGCAUGGUUUCAAAUGAAUAUAGCAGGUAACAGGUCAAAUAAAUUGAUUAGCAUUGCUUGUAUCAUCAACCAAUGUUAGUCAAAGUUUCUCUACCCAAUAACCUUUUUCAAAUUUUUUUUUGUGCCCCUGACGCAUUCCUUGUGACUCAGGGAUUUUUCAAGUACAUGUGUGGAGUCAGGAUUAGCCAGUCAGAAAGAGGUUGAGAUCAGAGGGCUGUAUAAGAGCAAAUUAUUUUAGCCUGGAUGGCCAGAUUGAAGAACCCUAUAUGGGACUUUCUUGGGUCUCUGAGUUGAGUUCCUGAUCUUCUUGAAUAACGGUAUGAAACACUUUGUAAUAAAAGCAGUUUGUUUUGAUCUUCUGUGGUCUUUCCCAUCUGCACCCUCUUUUGGCUCUGCGGUAUUUCUUUUCAAUAGGAUUCUUCUGUUGUAAGCUGUAAUUUUGAGAUUGGUAAGACAUGCUAGAAAAGUUGCUGAAAACUAUUUUUGGUGUGAUCUAGUUGCCCUAAUAAUUUGGUACCCAGUUAUUCUUUGUUUGUUUGUGAAAUCAUCUGAUAAUGCCAUUAAUAUGUGUUGAACUUUUCAGGAUAGAGGCAAAAGGUCAAAAAUAUGAGUUCAUAGCCCUGGAUGCAGUAUCUUUUUUUAAUAUUAUAAUAACUACCAGUGGCAGAUCCAGACCUUCAGAAAAGGGGGGGUGGAUCCGGUCAUCCAGACCCUGAGAUAAGGGGGGGACCUGGUCUUUAAAAAAUUUUUUUUUGGCCCUUCGGGUCUCAUUUUAGUCUAAAAAUAAGGUGGGGGAGCAGGCCCCCUAGACCCCUCCCCUGGAUCUGCCACUGAUUACUUCAGGGAAAUUAAGUCAUUGCUAUUUCAGGCCUGCCUUUUAUUUGUUGCCAAGAUUUGAUACAACUUGUACUUCAAUAUCAUUGGAAAUCCACAUAAAAUCAUGAUAACACCGAUCUUGUCAAAAGUUAACUUAACUACUGUAGUACAUGAGCUAUUAAUGAAUAUUAAAAGAAAUUCUUUUAAUGUUCACUAUCUGGUCAUUUUGUGUAUGAUUGUACAUUUUAUAAGGGUGUGUACUGUACCUUUUGGGGGCUAUUUAAGAUCCCACAAUCUUAAUCUCCAAGUUGCUGUUACACUUGCUUGGCAAGUAUGUAGCCAGUAUUCCUUUGGACUUCCACCAAGUCAAGAAGAAAUGGAAUGAAUAGAACGUAAUCUCAUCAUUCAUGUUUUUACCCUCUAGUACCUUUUAAUCUGAUCAGCCCGUAUUAUUUGACCAAGUCUAUCACGUGAAACAUAUGCAAAGCACCAGCAUUAGCGCAAGAGCAUUUUUACCUUUGAUCAGAAGCUGGAAACUCACCUGCAUUCCCUAACCUUUAGCUAUUAACAGAAUUGGUGUUAAGUUUUCACAAAAACACAAUAUGCCACAUAUUACAGAUGAAUGUAAUCUUAUUAUGUUUACGUAGUUUAAUCAAACUUGUACUAAUUGAUAUUGUACAACUAAAGUAUUAUCUAUAGGAUGCACUAAAAAUAAAAUACAAAAAUGCAAAUACAAAAUACAAAAAAACUUGUGAGAAUUUCAGUAAUACUGUUACUUAAAUUUAAAAAGGAAAUGAUAUAAACUAAAGAGGUUCCUUGACAAUUUAGUACUCAAAACACAAAAAGAUGAUCAAUGACUAUAUAUUGUAUUAUGGAAAAGGAAUAGAGCAUUACAAGAGAGACAGGUUUGUGAUUCACAAAUUUAUCAAAGACAAAAUUAAAAGAAAAAAAUUACUAUAGUAUUCGCCCAGUUUGUUGCCUGAUUUAUGAAAGUGGGUUUCUUUUACUGCAUGUAAUAUUAUUCUUCUAUGAAUCUGUAAUUUAUUUUGCCCUUCUUUUACCUUGAAGCGGAUUCUUAUUCUUUUCAAAGAAAUAAAGUGCCGCUUACUUAUGUUUAUGCAGUGAAGUGCAUUCAGCUGCAUGCCUAAAUGAGUUAUCGACUUUGCCACAUAUGACAGAUAAAUGCACUUUUAGCCACUAUAAUAGUUACUGGUCAAUCUUUUUCUGAAACAAUAAAAUCAGUGACAAGAGCUCAUUCAUACUUAUAUUUUCUAUUUCCAGACCUCAAAUUUUCAGAAUAUUAUUUACCCCAAGGGCAAUGAGUCUGGAUAAUUAACAAGUACUAAUUAAUAUUAAAAGAACAGAAUAAUAGAAAACAUCUUCCAAAUGUGAUGAACACUAGCUGUUUCUAAAGAAUAAGCUGGGGGUGAUUUUUGAAUGAAAAAUGAUCAAGGUUCCACUGUAGUGAAUAUAUACAAAAAUGCAAUUUUGUAAGGCUAAUUAUUUUUUUCUAAGUCCUAUGUUUUAAUUAUCUUUAUUAUUUGAGUAUAGCUCCAGAGACAAAACUGACUUGGAUGUCAUAAAGGAAGAACACAGGUAUGUUGACUUCCAUUUAAACUCAUUGCUAUACCAUACUGGGUUGAUAACCUUAUUCGCACUAAUUAUUCCUGGGUUACAUCGAUCCAAACUUGUGUUCUCUGUUGGUACUGUUUAGUCAGCCAAUAACCUCAAGCUUUCUUCAAGACUACACAAUAUUUUAUGGGGAAUGAAACAACAUAUACCUUUAUAUCAAAUCUCUAUUCAGUGGUAUCAAUUUUCUGCUUCAAAGUAAGUAGUCCUUAAAUUACUUAACAUAUUAUUUUCUCUGGUCUGAUAGGUGCAUUUGGGGAAGGGAGUGGGGGGGAGGGGGGAGUCUGGACCCUCAGGACCCUCCUUAUAUCUGCCACUGUAUUGCACAAUUCCAGGAAGGGAAUAUUCCAGGCAGGGUUAUAAAACUAUAAAUUUUAGAUUAAGCUGUCUCAGUUUGGUGACUUUUUUGAAAAUCAAGGAAUGAGAGAUUACAUACUGGUUAAAGUGAAUGCAAAUCACUGUGUACUGUACUGUUAAUGACAUAUUAUCACUUUCUUGAUAGAUUCAUUUGGAAUAAAGAGGACAAUCCAGAGAGUACAUGGUAAGUUGUUUGAUAUUUCAACAUCACUGUGAUGGUUAUGCAAACACUAACAUCUAACCUUUUACCAUUUCUACUACUGACCUUUCUUUUUCUUUUUUUAGGGAAAAGCGUUUGGCAAAGAAGUAUUAUGACAAGUUGUUUAAAGAAUACUGCAUUUCAGAUCUUAGUAGAUACAAGGAAAACAAGGUACACUAUAUUUGACCCAAUAUAUGUUUUAUGUAAAACCAUCAUCCUCCCCUUUUCUGUUCUAAUAUAGAUUCAUAAAUAUGGACCAUGAGCUGAAGUAAUGUAUAAAACUUUCCCAUAAUUUCCUUGAUGGGUCUGAGGCUGUAGACAUCUCAGCAAGAACGCGAGGCUGAAAGACUGAUUGCUGUUGAUAGUUAAAAUGCAUUAAAUAGAUUUCCUCGCUUGAAUCUCCACAUGCUAUCUAAAUGUUAGUUUAUAGAUUCACCUCCCCAUACACUUGAACUGCCCAAAUACAGACUUACCAAUAAUUUUGUGUUAAGUUUUGGUUUCUUUUACAGGUACCUUACAAUAAACUUGAAACCGUGCUUGUUUGUUAUUUUUGUUAAUGACAGUAGUCUGACAUUUGGAACCUUCUUGCAGGUGGCCUUGAGAUGGAGGAUUGAAAAAGAAGUUAUUGAUGGAAAGGGUAGAAAACUAAACUUAAAUCAUAACCACUGAUGAUACUGAGAAUUCAAAGUUCAUUUGAUUUUUUAAAAAUUCGUUUUGAAAAUGAAAAUUUCUAUUUGGAAAUUGAAACAUUAUUUCAGAGAUCAAAAUCAUGUUGAAAAUCAAAAUUUCUUUCAACGUUUGGAGUGCCCAUCUGAGAAAUUGAGACUUCUGUUUUGGAAAUCAUUUUGAGAAAGUCCCUGUUGGAGAUAGUCUGCUACACAGCCGUUUUUAGUGUCGUCACGCAAUGCUCCUCCCCACUACUACUCCCCACUGGGGAGGAGCAUUGCGUGACGACACUAAAAACGGCUGUGUAGCAGACUAUGUUGGAGAUGGCAAUCUUGAUUUUAGGAGUCAAAAGUCUCAUUUUGAAAAUUUCUCUUGGAAAUUAAAAUUUGAUUUGAAAGUUCAAAAGUCUUAUUUUGGAAAUCACAAUCUUGUCUUGGGUUAUCAAAAAUUUCAUUUUGAUAGUCAAAAGGUGAUUUGAAAGUUUUCAUAUUCACAUCUUGAUGCGAGAAGAAAGAAUCCAAUUUUUUGUUUUGGAAAUCAAAACUUAAUUUUACUUCUAUAAAAGUCUUGGAUCCUAACGUUUACGAUCCAGGCCUAUUCUAAAAGAUUUAUAUGGAAUCAUCGGAGCAUAAUGACGCUUAUAUCUUGUCACCAAUUCUUUUUUGCACCAAUUGGCUGAUUUUUAAGGAGGGAACAUUUUUCAUCUUGUUCUUUCUGGAUUUGCCAACAAAUCCCAUAUUUCACAAGUUAAUUUUUGUGACGUCAUCGCUUCUUUUCACUAUUAAAUAGUAAUUGAAGUAAACAUCAGAAGGUGUCUAAGUAGAGAGUGAACCUAAACUCUGUAAGAUGUCCCUGCAUAUAAAUAAAUAAAUAAACUCAAGAUGUAAUCACCGGUCGUCACCUAGUGGUUAUAGAUACUGCAAGGCAUUAAGUCUGGAUCACAAAGGAAGAAAUUGGUGAACAGUUAUGGCACACCAUAUACUAAAUAAAUAUAUUUUUUUAUUAAAGGACAGUUUGUUUGUGGUGAUAAAAGGUGUACAGAAACGGAGGGACUUCGUAGCUGGGAGGCAAGUUGUAAAUGUUUGUGAUCAUGACAUUAUAAGAAACUAUUGUUUUCACUGACUGAAUGUGGGGAGUGGCGAAAGCCAGCGAGACAAAGGUGCUGUAGUUCUUAUGUCAAGUUGAAACAACUGCGACCAUGCUCAAGCCUUUGUUUUUUGUUUACAUACCAAUAAUUUCUCUGUUGAUUAGUACUACAGUCCAACCUCCACUAACGGGGUACAACAGCCACCUCUCUACAACAGCCACUUUUUUUGGCAGACACUCCAUACAUUGACUCCCAGGGUUCUAUCUAGGAUUUAUCAUUUGGCAGAGAAGUCCCGAGUGGCCAAAGGUAAUGAGCUCCCCGGGGGGGUCUGGGGGCAUGGCCCCCCAGAAACUUUUUGAAAUGAAUAUGCGCUGAGAUGCAAUCUGGUGCAUUUUGAGGCUCAAUUUUGCGAAAUGUUACAGUGUUUGCACUAACCUCGUCAUGUUCAGAUGAUUUUUCCGAUAUAGUUACUUAUAUACUGCAAUGAGAACAAUAUUUUUUGGGGGGAAAGCUGGGCAUUUUAGGGGGGGAAGCUUCUACCCCUCAAACACCCUAGAUAGAACCCUGACUUCUGUUUAAACCUCUCUACAACGGCCACCUCUCUACAAUGGCCACUUUCCUCUGUUCCCAAGGUUGCCUUUGUUCAACCGCUGUAUUAUUAAGAAACCGAUAUAAAUAUGUAUUUUUAUUUUCGCAGUUCACUCUCUUUUGUUUUGAUGUCAGGGUUGAACUGUAUCUUUCUCUUCGAAGUUUAGUUGCAUAUUUCAAUACUUACACCGGCAUUCUCUUUUAAUUAGCAAUUUUUCUCUUUGUUUUUACAGGUUAACUUUGGUUAUAUGGAACAUGGAGAAAAGAAAAAUACGCUGAUAAAACUUAGUACGUAGAUAAACUUAGCAAUUAAAUGAUUUUCAUCAAAUUAUGGCUGUGAAUUUAAUGAUUUGUUUUAUCUGUGGGGUUAAAAGUGUAAAGAUGGACUUAGUGAUUUCAUUGAAAUUAAAAUCUUUUAAACCGAUUUCUAUUCAACCUUUUUCUAACACAGGGCUUUGUCCAGAUUGUUCUUAUAAACUCAACUAUCGUCACCAGUAAGUGUUUUUUUAUUACUAGAUUAGUAUGUAUUCAUGGAGACAACUAUUACUGGUGCGUUCAGUACUGUUGACCUUAUACCCAGGAAUAGGAAUAAUAAAAUAUUAGAAUAUUCUGGAGUAUCCUUUUGAUUGACCUGUUUCAUAUCAAGACGAUUUAUCCUUCUCAGACGGAUAAUUCAUCUCUAGUCUAAAUUCGGCCAAUGAAACAGCUCAAUCAAACGGAUAUUCCAGAAUAUUCUAAUACAUCUGUAUUUUAAACUUGUUUAGUCUGUCAGCACCUACGUCAGCGCCUACAUCACACGAGACGAAUUUGGAGCCAAAAUUCGUCUAAACACCGGAUUUAUAUCCAGACGAUUUAUCCUUCUCAAAUGGAUAAUUCGUCUUAGACAGAUAAUUGAAGACGCCUCUAGUAUAAAUUCGGUCAUUUCUUUGGAUUAAGACGGUUAAAUGACUUUUCUAACAGGUUAUUUUAUAGAAGGAAAGCCAAUUUGAAAAUGGCUCCGAUUGCGGUUUUAUCAUGAGACUGCUUUUCAGGGUAUCCAGCUAUAGAGCCAUUCAUUUAUAUGUAAUGUUGACAGUCAAGCCAGAUCAAACUGCGAAGAUUCUAUAACAGAUUCUCUAAUGAGUUCAUAGAUUGCGUAUAUCUCUAAUGAGUUCAUUUUAUAAAAAAAAUUGAUCUGUUGCUUGUUGCCAAUAUAAAUAUGUAAAAAAGGAUGCAGUAUUGUUUAAAUUAUUCUGGUACAAGGUUUUUGUCCAAUGAAAAUUGAAAUUACUCAAUUUUCUGAUGGAUUCCGUCUUAAUACAACUCUUGGAAUUUGAUAUUACGUAGUCUUGUAUACUCAUUUCAUAUCCAAGAGGUAAAGUGCUUCAUCCUUCUUUGGACUGAACUGUGUGUUUGUAUCCAUAGGAGGAAACUCGCGAAGCAAAGAAAGAAAGAAAAAAGUACGACAUCGGUAGAGUCUCCUUCAACUAAAGAGAAGGAUAAGAAACACAAACACAAAGACAAACCAGUACCAUCAGUGGUUUCUGGUAGCCAUUCCGAUGAUGAAAGAGGUUAGUUUCUGACCAGAACACGCGCUUGUGCUGUUGUUAACUUGUAGAUUGGUCGCCAGUGUGACUUUGAGCGCUUUCCAUUUGUAUGGAAAACCCGGCAAUUCCGGUCAGAAUUCAAAUGGAGUGGUUCAUCCCGGUGGACAUUUUUCAGGAAAAGGUAAUAUCUUCAGAGAUGUUACCUUUUUUCCGGCUUUACUUUGGGAAAUGACCGUAAUUUUCUGUACCAUUUUUGUGGAUUACCAGUGCCGGCCCUCCUUUCGAGAGAAAGGAUUUACCGGAAUUUUGUAAGUGGUACAACUAAAUCCCAUUCCUGUUUUCGUUGCGAACAAAAUACCAGAACUAUUUGUCGGACAAGUUUCACCGAAAUUUCCGUACAAAUGGUAGGCGCUCUUUUUUUAAAGAAUUUGACACGGAGUAGAGGAUCGCUGUAAGCACAUGUGGGAGCGACACCGAUUUCGGUCAUCCUUCAUUCUCGAGGGAACGCACCAACAACUAGCUCUCCAGUAGAGUGAGAGCCCUAGUACUUGGCUUAGGGGCCAUUCAAAUGACGAGGUGAUGCGCUGUGACUUUCUUUCUGGGUCAGGUGUGGCAUGCGUAUCUCCUCUUGUGCGAGCGAGAUUUUCUUAGGCUGGCUCAGGUGGUCGACUUUGUCAUGUCGGACUGCUGUACAAACUUCGUUCUGGAGCGAAAUUCUUUGUUGAAUGAAAGUCAUUCCUGUAACAUGUGGAUCAGUAGUCCCUCACUCUUUCCUACUCGUGAAUGGGCCACAAGAGCAUAACAUGCUGGUCUUUUAAGAGUUUUAUGUUACUCAUUAUAAGUCAGUUUCACCACUGCAAGGCGGGUAUUACUCCUCAUCCAGUUUUAAAAGUAUCAUGUUGAGUUGGAGUAUAAGUUAAGCUUGAGCGGUAGUGAUGUCAUGACAAUAACGUUAAAAAAAAAACCUCUAAUAGUGAAAAACCAGCUCUCAGUUUAUAUUUUGGAAUUUCAUUCAUCAACAGUACCCGAUUUUGCAUCAAUUUUAAGCCACCUUUAGUACUUUGCAGUUUUUUUAAACACAUAAAUUAUUCAUUCGCAAGAAAGGACCAGAACGGUUUGAUUAUCGUUUGUUCUACUAUAGUCACUUUGUUAUUGAUGAUAACGUUUGAUUGGCUUUGUAGCACAGGAGCCCAGAACCUGGAGUGAGAUGCACCCGUACAAUGCCUUUGUCACGGCAUUUUCACGGACAGUUUAUUUUUAGAUACAAUUUACAGCACUUUUUCCCACGAAAAUGAGAUAUGAAAAGAUAUGCAAAAGGAAAACGAAAUUAAAAGGUAAAAGAAAUACCUUUUCAGGUCUGUAGUUUUUGCUGACUGAUUUGUGGGACUCAAAAAGAUUCCCUAAAUUCGCACCAAAAGCGUUCUAAAAAUAACUUAUCGGUGAAAAUGUCGUGACACAAGGACAUGGAAGUUGCUCGCUCCGGGAUAUAACAGUGUUGUUGGUGUUGACUGGUGCAAUUCAGCACCACCAAUGAAGACCAAAAUACUGUAAUCAAUGAGAAGGUGACAAAUCACACAAAAACCAUGAUGAAUAGACUAAUAAAUUGUCUCACAGGUUACUCUCAGGUGCUUAUGUGGUUAUUGCUUUAAAAAUUUACACCAUUACGGUUUCUUUCGGUUAUAUACAGAUGUAGCUUCCGGCUCCGCCCCUAGUAAGGAGGCUUCAAGUGUUGAAGAUAUCUGGAAGGGCCCCGCGAAGAAAACCGUAGACAAGACAAGGUAUACGUCUUUGUUGCUUAAGGAUCCAGAUAAGCGUGCAUCGAGGUCAUUUAUUCUGAUCAUUUUCAGUCUGGCCCCAGUGGUUCGAAAAGUGGAUGACGCAUUUGAGUUCCCUCACACUUAUUCCCUGGACAGUGAUGUUUCAGGUGGAUAGCGCUAUCCAACUUUCGAACAAGUGGGGCAUCCCAUAGCACAGGUAGACCACCCACUGUUCGUGUGGACAUUGUCGUUGCAAUCUGUAAAUAUUUCAAUAAAAGGUCAAACGAAAUGUUAAUCGAGUCAGUGUCAUGUUUUUUCACCGUUCCGAGUUGUGUACAACGAUAUUUUGCGAGGUAAUUAUUUGACUGGCGGCUUCAAGGCAACUCAGUAAUUUUGUUACAAAAAUAAAGCAUUAAACAGCUCGGGACAGCGAAAAAAUGAGACAUGAAUUAGUUAACAUUUCAUUUGAUCUUUGAUUGAACAUGUACUUUCAAAUCCGAAGCUUCGCGCACAUUCUAACCGCCAUAUAUUAAGUUUAUCCAUUCUCUUUUUAUUCUAUACAUUACUAUAAAUCGAUGAUCUCAUACAGGCUCACAAACAGUGGGUGGUUGCCCUGUGCUCAUAGGAAGCCUUAUGAGCCAACUGACUGCAAAAACAAACAAACAAACAAACAAACAAAGAGCUUACAAUAAAUGAUCUUAUUUUUUGGCUAAGUAUUGGAAAAUUCCUGUAGGUCCUAAGCUGUCCAAGUGAGCUUAAAUUUAUGAUUGUAUGCAGAGAUGAAUAAAUUUUGUAUUCGCUAACUUUUUAAAUCGAUAGAGAAGAGGAAUUUGAAGAGUACUUCCAAGAUAUGUUCCUUUGACCAAACUCUUUUUUUCGUGCUAGGCCAAAGCACAGGAUGUAG